AAAGUUCAAAGUCAUCCUAGUUGUGAACGUCGAAAUUAAACGCACAUACCAGACUUUUGUCACUUGUAUUUCCUUAUAUUAAAUCAUUGUGGUUGUAACACUUGUUGUUGUUAGGAUUGUGAUAAUUCCUGAUUCCUGAAACAGUGGAAGGAAAUGGCCUCACAGCAGCACAUCGAGAAGAUGCAACUCCGCCAGAACUUCCGCAAUCUCUGGCACUCUGAUCUCUUUAGUACCAUUCAAGCUGACACCCCUUAUUGUUGCUUUUCUCUGUGGUGUGCACCGUGUGUAUCAUAUCUGCUCCGCAAACGAGCCCUUUACGAUGAUCUGUCAAGAUACACUUGUUGUGCUGGUUACAUGCCCUGCAGUGGUCGGUGUGGAGAAAGUAAAUGUCCUGAACUCUGCCUUGGUGUGGAGGUUGUCUGCUGUUUUGGAAAUUCAGUCGCCUCAACUCGAUUUCUGUUACAAGAUGAAUUUAAUAUUCAAACUACGCAAUGUGAUAAUUGCAUUAUUGCUUUCAUGUUUGUCCUUCAACGACUUGCCUGCAUAUUUUCUAUUAUUGCUUUAAUUGUGGGAAAUAGUGAAAUUCGACAGGCUUCUCAAUUGCUAUCUUGUUUGGCUGACUUCGUCUACUGCACGGUGUGUGCUUGCAUGCAGACAUAAGAUUGAAAUGGACAAACGUGAUGGGAAAUUUGGACCCCAAUCAGUAAUGGGUGUUCCCCGUGUUCAACAAAUGUCACGCUUUGAUCAGCAAGUCCCCCCUUUUGUUGGGUAUGCACCACAACCAGCAUACGGGCAGGGCUAUGGUUAUUCACAUUCCUAGAACCUUCUCAUCAUCCACCAGGAUAUAUAUAUAUAGAGAGAGAGAUUAUAGAUAUAUAUCCCGUUUCUGGCUAGCUACUUUUGGUGAUUUUUUUCACAAGAAUGCUUUAGGUUGGUCUGUAGCAUGGAUUGGUUGGGUUGCAUUUCCUUCAAGUCAUACAUGUGUGGUAAAAUUAGUCACAUUGAUUAUCAGGUUGCGUUUCCCUUAUACAAGACCAGCAUAUUAUACUUUGCCUUCUAUGCAUAAAUUGAGGUCAUAUUGUCAUUAGACUCAUUACUGUUCACCCAUGGUUGUAUUAAAUUUAUUCUUGUGCGCAAUGGGUGCCAUGUAUCAAAUAUAAUAUGUGGUGUGAUCAUUCAGGUUUUUUUUUUUCUUUUAUUAAUGUGAUCACUUGGUCUGUUAAUGCGUUAGUAUCUAACAAUACCUAUUGGGGCUGA